AUGAUUUCCUAUUGCUUGCCAGAGCUAUCUACAGAUUCCUUGAACGCUUCUACAACCAACGAUCCUCAUGAUACCCUUAUAGAAAUUGACGAUAGAACAUCCAAUGAUGUCAAGAAUUUCGACGCGCAUGCAAGCGUGCUCCGAAGUAAGUGCGAAUAUUUCAAGGUCGCAUUAUCAGACAAAUGGGCGACAAAAAUUGAUGAUAAGUAUAAGUUAAAAUUGGACGGUUCAUCCGAUGCCUUUGAAGUAAUCUUAAACGGUAUCUGUAGCGGAAAGAUCGUUUUAAACAAUCCGGAUACGGAUCUUUUGAUGGAAUUGAUGUUGAUAUCUGACAUCCUACUCCUCCACGAGUUUAUCGACAUUUUAAGAUCCGAAUUGGAUGGAAAAAAGGAUAAGAACAAAAAAUGGUGUGAUGAUGAUAUUAUUUCCAAAUUUAAAACCUCUUAUCGAAUUUCACUCCUUCAAGACCUCUAUUCAUAUUGUCAAGAAAUCUUUGUAGAGAGACCGCUGGACGUGAUUUACUUUCCUGAAAUAAAAAUUUUUAAUAAAUUGAUUGAGUGUGGCAUAGAAAACACCCCCGGUUUCGUAAUUUCAAUCGAUAAUACAUUUGAUACGUCUCGAAUCGAUGCAUUAAAAAGGACUAUAAAGAAUGGGUUGCGAUUGAUUCGAUACAACGAAAUAAAGUAUAAGGAGUAUGAGACUUUAAUUCUCAAAUAUGAUCAAAUAUUCCCAACGUCAAGACCCCAAUAUCGAAUCCCACGUCGUAUUAAUUCACCCGUUGAACCAAAGAUCAUUAGUAGUAGACUCGCCGGAUUAAUUGCGACAUGGAUUGACAGAAAGGAUCCCACAGAAGAACCAUAUUAG